UGUUCACUUUCACCUCACGGGCUGCUGAAGCAAGACGUGUUUUUGUUCCGCUGUCUGGUCUACCAUUCGCUUCCUGGACUUGCUCGGCUAGAAUCACUUCAGUUUGUCUGAGAAGGCGAUCCACGAAGUGUUGAAAUGAAGUUUUCGGCGAUCAUCGUUGCCGCCAUUAUAGGAUUCAUCUGUUCCUGUGCAGAGGGUACUAGCUGUCGUCGACCAAGGAGUUUGCGGAAAGGACGUUACGAAUAUCAGAACAGUGCAGACUAUGGAUUGACGCAUCUCCCUGUGAAUUACAUCGUGCGCGCAGUGUGUGAGCCUGACGCAACGCUUGUAGGAGAUGAAUUCAUUAUCUGCCAGGACAAUGGACAAUGGAGCGAUUACCCAUAUUGCCAUGCUCCGCUAGUAUGUUUUCGUCUUCCUGAGAGCCCUGCCAACGGGUAUGUGCGCAUGCGUGGUAAAUCUGCAAGAAGCAUUGCUGUGUAUCGCUGUAACCCUGGUUUCGAGCUCCAUGGACAAAGAACGGUGGUCUGCAAUGAGGCUACGGGUAGUUGGCAGGGAGAUGUACCUCGAUGUUUCAGACCUCCAUCAUGCCCUGACCCAAACGAACCAUCCGGGAUGCUAGCCUUGGUUCUUGAUGAAAACUCUGGAAUCAAACACGAUGAUCUCUACACCGAACGCACAGUGUUCAACUAUACCUGCCAAACAGGAUACCACCCAACCGGGGACGUCACAAUCACGUGUCAGAAUGGCUCAUGGGAAGCGGAUGCGGAUGUUCCGGAAUGCAACAAGAUCAUCUGUGCCCCACCCACCCUGGAACCCAUAGAGAAUGGUACACACAACAUUGAGAACAGGACAUACAAUGUUGGAGAAAUGGUGCAAUAUGAAUGUAACGAAGGGUAUCUCGUCGAUGGAAUAAGCUGGCAAGUAUGUCAGAGUCACGGUGGACCCAAUGGAAUAUGGUCCGAUAACGUACCAAGCUGCAAAGUCGCAAGGUGUCCCCAUCCGGGUUCCCGUCACCUUGACAACGGCGAGAUUUCUUUCUCGCCGAGAAACGGACAAGGCGCCACGAAUUCUUGGCCCGUAGGAGCGGUGAUGACCCUCAGGUGUCGGUCACAUCUAGAGCUGCUUGGGUCAAGUGAGAGGGUGUGUCAACCCGAUGGUCACUGGAAUGGUACUCUGACGUCAUGCCACAAUGAAGAGUACGACUGUCCAGCCUUGGGGAACCCCAUACACGGCUCUAAAGUCGGCUCUCCGCAGUACAGAGUAAACACCAAGGUCAAUUUUCGAUGCAACCAUGGUUAUGAGAUGGUGGGUUCCGAAGAGAGGAUGUGUACGUUUUCUGAAGAGUGGACUGGGGAGAUGCCAAGAUGCAUGGGUCGUGAUGAGUUCGACGAACUUUCUCGAGUGAUGAAUGGGCUAGGGAAGACCUUCGACGAAAUCGUCAUCGACGGCGGCUCUUGGGUGGGUCGAAAUGACACCAGCUCGAACUCAGGUUUGCGAAGGAAACGUACAAUUAAACUCUCUGAUGGUAUGGAUAUCUACUUUGCGUUUGAUGCGUCGAAUAGUGUUGGACUUGAAAACUUCGAGAUAGGCAAGACAUUUGCCAAGCAACUAGUGGGAAAGCUUCAAGUGAAUACCUCGCCUGGUGGAACGCGUGUCGGGGCAGUCUCCUACUCGUCUGAAGCACGCAGAUUGUUCAACGUCAACGAUUUUACGUCUACAGUUGAUGUAGUUAAGGCCAUCGAGGCGAAUGUCAAUUACACAAAUAAAGGAACAAAUUUGCCCGCUGCUCUCGAGACAAUCGGGGUAAUGAUUACCGAAACAGCGGAUGAAUCUGGGUACAGCAGCAGGAAACGCAUUCUAUUUAUCAUAACAGACGGUUUCAGUAACGUCGGUGGUGCCCCAUCGAAAAGCGCUCAACCACUAAAGGAAGAUGCGGCCCUCAAGAUACACUGCAUAGGAAUUAGCAGGAACACGGACAAGACAGCACUUGCCGAAAUCGCCUCUCCGCCUGUCAGCGAACAUGUAUUUUAUCUCUCGGAUUAUAAUGAGCUGGAACGCGCCGUGGAAGCCAUUACCUCUACAAACAGAUCUUACGAGGAAUGUGGAAAGUCAAAACAUCCGUCGGGGACGUCUCGCAUUGUUGGUGGUAGUGAAUCCCAUUCGGGGGAUUGGCCGUGGCAGGCAGCCCUUUACGAUGAAGACUCAAAUCAACUUUUGUGCGGGGGCUCUCUCAUUCACAAGAACUGGAUUUUGACCGCAGCACACUGUUUCAUUAAAGACCGUACUCCCGUACUGAGCCAGAAUGGAACAACUGUUUAUCUUGGACUGACACACAGAGUGAAUGAUAAGAAUAGGCCAGGUGUUCGAUGUGAAGGAAGUGAUUACGCACCCGGACUACUUCAAGGACCCGUCGACGGAGGAGAGCACAAUGACAUCGCCCUCUUGCGUUUGGAUCGUGAAGCAGAGCUGAGUCCAUUCGUACGUACCGUCUGUCUUCCACCAAAUGACCCCCAAAAAGUUAAUUGGUACUUGAAUCAUAAGAGGACGGCUUUCGUCACAGGUUGGGGUCAUAUCAGCUUCAACGGAGAGGACUCGCCUGCUCUCAGGGAAAUCAUGAUACCACUGGUUAAAGAUGGAACAUGUACAAGUGCGAUGAGCGGACGGAAAGGUGAGACUGUACGUGUAGACACGACUACUGAAUUUUGUGCGGGAUCAGAGAACGGGAUCAUACGUGAUGCAUGCCAAGGCGAUUCAGGUGGCCCCUUGGUCGUGCAACGGAAUGAGAAAUACAGGCAGAUCGGGAUCGUGAGCUACGGCAUCAAAUGUGGUGUAACCUUUGGUGUUUACACCAGAGUCCCACACUAUGUUGACUGGAUUGAGGGAAUCAUUAAUGAGUAGAAAAUACAAACAUUUAUCGUGAUCUAACAAACAAAAAUGCAGACUUUUGUGAGACAUUCAUAGUAGGAACUGUAUUGGAAGUUUUACGUACAUGUAAUACACAUGAUGUGUAAUGAAUUGUUUUAAACAUUCUGAUAUUUUAAAAAUGAGUAUAAUGCAUUUUGUUUCGUUUAGAUAAUUAUAUACUCUUAAAUUUCUGCAUAAUAAUAAUCUUAAAAGUCGGGAGAAAAUGUAAUAUCAGGUGUGACUGAUAUAAUUUUGCACUGCAGUAUAAAUUGUUUACCCAACAAUAUCAUGAUAAUUAUAACCGAUUUUAGUAUCCAAGGUAUUACUUGGAUCAUACCAAAUAUAACUUCCAGUAGUGUUGUAUAUUGUAGAAAGUUGAUAAUAGAUUUAAAAAAAAAAAAUUUAAUACUUUUUCCUAAAAUGUAAAAACAUAGGGGCACAAAAAGAAUGAAUAAGUGUUUUAAUCCACUGUUUUACCAAAUGAACAUUCUUUCAUUUCCUUUUUUCCAAUGCAUUUAAUCAAUUAUUUUUAGGAAUUUAACUAUUGACAAUCUUGUAAUGGAGUACUCUUAACCUUUAAUCAUUAUUGUAACAUUCCAUAUCAUGAAUAUAUGAGCAACUUCAGUCUUGAUUAUAGUGAAGUUACUUCACUAUAAUCAAGACCAUAAUCAUUGUCAAACUGAGAAAAUACCUUUGAUAGGCAGGAAUUAUUUAGGUCUUUGAAGACUUCUGUCAACUGGCAACCGCUUAUCCACAGCAAGUAAUUUUUACCUGUUAAGUACACGGAUGGUCUCAAAAAUCAUUAGAAUACUGCCCUUUUCCCCACUUGCUAUUCACUUAUUUAUUACCCUCCGAAAGAAAAAGUAAUCUCUACAUGACAAACCAAUUCUGUUGGCAUUAAGCCAUUUAAACAAACAAUUCCAUUUUCAUCUAAUAUUGUCACUAAUAUUGCAUAAUCCUCUGUCAAACAAAGCAUGGUUGAAAACAUGAUUUAUUAUUUUUAAAAUAUUUCAUUUUUAUUCAAAAUUAUCGGGUUUCUGAAAGGAUGCUCUUCAGAGUGUUUCGUUUCUAAAGAAUACCAGGUAGUCAAAUUAUCAAUGUACCAUAGAGGCAUUGUUGGCUGAAGAGCGUCAACAUCAUAUUUACAAAUGCAUUUUUUUUCUUCUCAAAAGAACCUUUCAAAUACAAACAUUACAACUCUUUUCCCGUCUUUGGACAUGGAAGCAAAGAAAUUGAAUUAUACAAAUCUGAAAAAUAGGAAAAUAUCUCUUGUUAUUUAGCAUAAAUAUAUAUAAAUAAAUAUAUCUAGAAUAUUAUUCUGUUUCCUAUAUGUUGUAUAUAACUCUUGGUCACCAAGUGUCGUAAUUAUGUUUUCUAGAUUUCCUUUACUAUAAUCACAAUAUUUACGUAUAGUAGCUCUUUGUGGAAUUAAAGUUGGUUAAUUGCGAUUGAUAUAUAAUACAUGAAUAAAUACACAGAAUGAUCUUAA